GAGGCGGCCGCGAGCUCGCUUCUUCCCUCCGCUCUUCGGGGGCGCUCCCGCUACAGAUUCCCGGUCUUUGCGCGUUCUCGACACUGAAUCCCAGUCUGUACGCGCUCCUGAUACCGAGUCCCGGUUCCCGGUAGGGGCACACACCCGCGGCAGCCGCCACAAUGAUGUCUUUCGAUGACCCGCGGCUGCAGUGGAUCCGGGACCGGGUUUAUGAGGGAUUCGGGAUCACGGAGCCUGAGUGUUUUGAGGAGUUGGUGAACCGCAAUGAUGGCAUGCAGGAGCUGAUCAUCCUCAAAUUCAUCAACGACACUGUCAGCGAGGACAGCCCGUCAGCUCUGCUCUUCUUCAAAGGGAGCCGCAUGGAGGAACAGGAGCUGGAGGUGGAGAUCGAACCUAAUGAGGUAGUUGAGCCUGCAAAUGAAGAAGAUGCUGAUACUGAUGGAACAAAAUCUGAUUUGCCAAAUGCAGGCGAAACAGAAAAAGUUGAGACUGGACUACCUGAAGAUUUAGGAGAAGAUAUUAAGCAAAAUCUUGUGCAGACGAAAAUUGUAACCCGGUUAAUAGAACGCACGAUGCUGCAUGUUUCUCUUGAGAAAGUUCCACCUGAGUUUAUGAAUUACGAUGCUUUUUAUUUUCUGAGGAAUAGAAGAGAGACCAUUACUGAGCCCAAUGACAUGAAGGAGACUAAUAUACUAAUGCCCAAUAUGUUGGAGCAUGGAAUGCUGAAUGGACAUUCUCUGUUGAUGUUACAUCAAAUACUAACUCAGGUCUUCAUACCACUUUUGACAUAUCACCAUAAAAGUAUUGAUUUGAAACAAGGUUCAUCCCGCUUUUUGAGUGCAAUGGCAUAUCAACAUGAGAAAGGCAGUCUACCGGAGUCAAGAGCAGGAGUGGAUUCACGAAAUAUUCAGUUCGUCAGAGAUGAGUUCUUAAUAACCAUACAGAAGUUCUCAAAUCAGGUUCAGAGAACUAUUCAACAGGUUGAGGGUGAGAUCAAGCUCGAGAUGCCAUCAAUUGAUCUUGAUGCAGAUUUUAACCAAUUUGCUUUCGACCAAGUUAUAAUGGAUAAACUAGAACAGAGUAUAAUGAACUGGCAGGUGCAAAUUACUACUGCUAUUGAAGAACAGCUGACAAAGAUGCCUCAGGGUAAUAGUCCGUUAGCAGAGAUUGAUUUCUGGCGUGAACGUAAUGCUACCCUCAGUGCUCUCAGUGAACAGUUGAAACUGCCUGUGGUGAAGAAGAUUGUUGACUUUGUGAGCAGAGUUGACCAAGGUUUAAUCCAGAACCUCAAUUUAAUCAUUACUGACCUCAACAAGUACCAUGUGGAAGCUGCAGACAAUGUCAGAUUCCUUUCAACCCUUGAACGACAUUUUAAGAACCUAGCACAUGGAUCAAGAUUUCAAGUUGUUAUGGAUACAAUUCCUUCGAUGAUGAAUGCCUUGAGGAUGGUUUGGAUUAUUUCUCGCCACUACAACAAGGAUGAGCGAAUGGUGCCCCUUAUGGAAAGGAUUGCAUGGGAAAUUUCACAAAGAGUCCGUAAAGUAAUCAAUGUACGGACAAUUUUCCAGAGGAACUCAGCUUCUGCAAGACAAAGUGUUUCAGAAGCCAAACGCACACUUCAAGUAUGGAAGGACUCAUACUUUGAUAUCCGUGCUAAAAUUGAAGCUUCUGGAAGAGAUCAGCGAUGGGAAUUUGAUCGAAAAAGACUAUUUGAGAAUACAGAUUACAUGAUUAACAUCUGUCAAAAUAUUUAUGAAAUCUUACAG